UCCCUUUCGCUCACCCUCUUCCUUCGUUUCUCAAUCGACGUUCCGCCGUGCGCUCGCUGCGUGUCGUCGCGCCAAUUGCGUCGAAACGGCAAAUCGCCGCAGUUGCCGCCUCGACUGCUGCCGACAAAACCACGAGCGACGGCCGCGGGAUGAGGCUCCGAACGGACGCGCGUCGAGCGAAAAAUGGCAUUAGCGGCGCGUUUACGUUCGUUCGGGCGCGAGUGCUGGCGUCGCGCGGCGCGCCAACGCGGGACCGACGGUACUGGUACUUUGCGCGUUGAUCCUCGUCGUCGAGCGCGUCGCGAACAGGUUCUCGCUGGCCGUUCGGGAAUCGAAGGUGCGUCACUCGGCGCAACGAUUGUUUUGCGCGCGUCUGCACCGUUGGCUUUCACGAACGACGACGCGAGUCCCGAAGCAACGGCGAAGCGGGAGACGACGCGACAACGACGAAUCGUCGCCGAGCACGUCUUUCCUCGGCCGUACACUCGCGUGUCGCUGCAGCCGGCGUCGCUCUUCGGCAAUCGCCUUCGAUCGGUUCGCAUAGGUAAUCCACUGGUCUGUGAUACCUCGCGGACGCGACGUUUCUACCCGACGUUAUUUCAAAAGAAGCUUUCGAGAAUGUUCCCGCUAAAAGAUCCGAGGUGCCUCCUUGCCGGUGUUAUCGGAGCAGACGCACCGGAACCAUACACCGUUCAACUUCGAUCCUCGGAAGAUUGCAAAAGUCGAGACUGCAAAGGCGGACAGCAAUGAUCGAGCACGAGGAGAAGUCGUGGGCCACGGCCACUGGUAGCCCGGCGUCGUCCACUUAAUAACGUCAUCGUCUCUCUCGCCGUAGUCGACGUCUAGGGGCGCGCGGCCGAACCGACGGCUCCAGUGAACGCUGCGCGGCCGAGCGCAGCCCACGCGCACGCCGGGCCACGAUCAUUCCGCGCGAACGCUAUUACGGCGUCCGUGAUUUCUCUGGCGGCUCCGAAGAAACGUGCGUGGGCCACUCGCUCCCACUCGGCAACGGAGCCGAGCCGGUCCUGCCCCCCGCCCGCGUAAAAUCGAUUCGCCGACAGCUGGCGCUGAAUCGCGCGUCUUUUAUCGGCUCACUUGUUGCGUGACGGAAUGCACUACGUACUCGCCCUCGCGUGUGCGUGUCGUACGUGCUCCCGUCGCUCUCCGUGGUUUUUCGCGCGUACGUUCGCUUGCGAGCGCGCGCUUGGGAGCAGACUCGAGUCCAGAGCGCGCCGCCAAACGAAAAAGCAAUAUAUCCGGCUUUACGAGUCGUCGGGCGAUCGCUUAACUUUCGCGCGACGAAACAGGUGUUCGGGGAGAACUGUGCGCUCGUCACAGAGUUCUGGUCAAGGGGAGAGAGGAUCCUCGUUCGGGUUGCCAACGGCGAAAAAUGCCAGUUUCGCGUCCGCGUCGGAACGGUGACCCCGGCGCUCGUCGCCGCGCUGACGAAUCGUUCGCGCGAGACCUCGUCGUCACUUCUGUCGAGUCGUUCGGCCGGAUAUCGACUCGGUGAGUUCUGGAACGUCCGCGCUUCGUCGAACGAUACGCCUCGACAAAUUCACGAGUCCGCGGGAAUCGACGCAGGGCAAAUUGAUUGUUAUACGUUUACCGCGGCGGCAUAGAAAAGUUGGACAACCGUGAUUUCCGCUCAAACUCCACGCGAAGUGCUAUUACGCACAUCUCAGCUUGAACAUACCCAUUCGAGAAUCUUCUCUUACACGUAUAUUUUUCGUUGCGACAAUGACGAGGGUCGAUCGGGAGCGGGGUAGCCGGGGGAAGAAAAGAAAAAAAAAACGAACGAGCGUUAUGGCAGACACGCGGAGACUACUAGAGCGACAAAUUUGACACUCCAGCCUCGUUUUCUCGCUUUUCCCCGUAUGUUGGCUUUUUCUCUGUCGCGCGUGCUCCGUUUUUUCCACUCUCUGCCUGGCGCGAUAUUUAUCCGAGACAAGAGACUUCACUUUGAGGUUUCGACGUCCGUGCUGGAUGUGGAAAUGCCUCUUUAUGUUCCUCGUGAAAAUGUUUUCGGUGAUUUCGCAUUUUCGCUUUCACGACGCGUCGUUUCACGAAUAGCCGCGUUUCGGAUUGUUCCGAAGUUACGCAAUGAAACAUUAAUGUUUAUUCCGGGGCUCUCUUUCUCACUCGUUGGAAAUAGAAAAAACGGCAUUUUCUCCGUCGUAAGCCGUCGGCAUAAAUGAAGUAUUACGUUCAUUGGCGCAGCAGCCUUCGGGAAAUUAAUGAAAUUCCGCGCGCGUUGGCAAACACAUUUGACGAUAGAGAGAGAGAUUAAAAGGGUCAAUUAUCGUGCAGCAGGUAUUUCAACUCUUCUACGCAGUGAGCGAGACUCAUCGCAAGGGGUAUAAUAAGUCGCGUGCCGCUCGUGGCCCUCGAUGAAAUUUAAUUUCCAGCGAUUUUGCGCAAUUAGCGAGGGCAAAGAGGGGAAAGUUCGGGGGACAAAGCAAAGUCCUCGCAAGUCGAAUGCAUCGAUGGAGCGCCUGACGAAUGAAUCCCAUUUGGGAUUCAUCAAUAACCCACGCCCGCAGUCGGCCAACUUUCCCGCAGCGCGAGGUAUCAAAUUUCAUCCGCCGGGAAUCGAACUUUCCGUGCCCGAAAAAGAGAGGAAAAGUUCUCCGGAGAGAGAUCGCCCGAGGAAGCUCGUCACCCUUCGCGGAGUAUUGAUUUAUUCCGAAAUAUGCAAAGAAGAAUAGCCCUCUUGUAUAUUAAUAGCAGAUCAGUCGAAAGCAAUGGCUCGCAACGCCAAAUAGGCGAUUGUAGGGAAGCAAUUGUUUUCUUCGAACGACAAUGGCUGGAGGGAGCGAGCUGGCCGUUUUAUUUUCGUAUAGAGGCGACUUAAGUAAGGCCGCUCGGUUGUCCCAUUCAUUCCGUAUCAUGAUUAAAAUCGUGACCUGAAUUUCCAUCUUUCCUCCGUCUCCGAUGCUCUUGUUUCCCUUUCGCCGUUGUCGUCUCUCUUGCGUGUACGUGUGUACGUGUGCGCUGCUUAUACUCUCGUCGCGCGGGCAGACUUUGCUCUUUCCUUAGCUUCUUUCGCCUUUUCUCCUUGGCUUCGCGAGACAUCGCCUCUGCGGCCUAUAUUCAGUCUACCGUCUUUGUCUUCGUAAUGGCUAAGUAGUUUACAGUUGUUUCCUCUGUAGCUUCACUCCCUGGGUUUAUCUGCCUUUGCAGCGUGCACGCGAGUUCGACUGCUCGAACUGGCCGACGUUUUCUCGACAGUUUCCAUGAUCUUGUCGAAGAGCCAUUGUCGUCUAUAGAAGUGCUCGACGUUCGACCGAAAGCAACUGGCGAGAAUUGGCGAUCGAGUCUGGCCUACGCGGACGCGGGAUCGUCGACGCCGCACUGUACGCCGAGGCCGUAGUCGAGGGAGCGCUCGUCCCUCUGAAAUCCGAAUUUCGAGUUUUUCCGCUGGACGCUGGCGUCGGGAGCUCGCGCGCGGAGAUUCGAAAUCGCAUCGCGAGAAGCCCCGGCGUUCGCCGCGCGAGGGGGGUUCGCGCGACUAUCGGCCGACGACAGCCGGCGCGCGACGGUCGCCAAGGGCUCGCCUCGAAAGUCGAGCUGCCGAGCUACUUGUUGCCGCGAGAGAGAACAUAGACGGCGCGCGUGAACAAUCAUCGAUGAAAGUCGCGUCCGUCGCGGGACAGGCCUCUCUCCGAUUAUCGGCACCCGGACCCAUGGCUCUCUUGCUUGGCCUAAUAACCUCCGCUCGCCCCGAGAAAGCUCGAGGAACCGGAGCGGAUCGGGACCGUCGGCGAACUCGCGGUCGAGCGCGAAAUACGACAGUUCGCGCCGAAGACGCGUCAACGGGUUGCUCGGCCGGGAGCCUCGCAGCGCUCGCGCAACUGCGGCGAGCAUCUCAAAGAGCCGCGCCAAUGCGAUCGCGCUCAAGCGUGACGCGCGAGACCGCGUCAAAGGGGCGGCGCUGUUUGCCUUCGGUAACCGAACCGCGGCGAACCUGAUGCGCUCGUAGCCUUCUCUCUCUCUCUCUCUAUCUUUCUUCUGACCUAUUAUAGUCAGUUGCGUCAUCGCAACUUUCUUUUAUUCGGCUCCUCCGUUCGUUUUCCUUCGCCCUUUGUUAGUUUUUAUCUCUCUCGCUCUCUCUCUCUCUCUCUCUCUCUCUCUCUCUCUCUCUCUCUCUCUCUUUUGAUGGAUCCUUCUGCGCGUGGACUAUGCGACCCACGGGCCGCUGCAAUAUGGCUAUUAUAUUAUCAACGGUUAGAGAGAAUUUGCGACGUGGUCGCGUGGACUUUAUUACGAACCAAAGGUGCGCGCUGAUCGACGCGAGCGGUCGAACUGUCGUCGGACGCGCAGUGGAAUCAGCGAGAAUACGAACGCGAACGCGAAAGAUCGCUUCUCGGACGCGAAAGACAUCGGCGAGCCCCGCUCGGUCGGCUUGGGGAAGGGCAUCGAUGCCUUUCGAAAGCGUCGACUGCGAUUACUGGCAUUUUUCCCCCCACCCCCGCCGAGCCGUGGGCGCUAUCCCCUUUGCCGAGUUCUAAAAUUAUAAGCGCGGCGACGGUCCUUGGAUCGUUCCGGGAGAAAAAACCAGCCCGACGCCGCUUAAUUGUCCGCAAAUGACGCGUCUCGCGGCUUUCAGCUGGCUCUCCUUGCCGGCGGGAAACCGGAGCGGCGAUUCCAUUUCCUCGGCCUGUCGAUAUCCGCGACGUCAAUCUCGCGUUCUUGCGCGCCCGCUUGUCUCGCGCGCCCGCCCCAAGGGAUCGCGAUUGCGCGAGAGCGCCCUCCUCGGGGAGAGACGGCCAGCGAGGAGCGCAGUGCUUUGGACGGCGCCGCGAGCAGAGCGACCGUGGAGGAGCGACGCCGAUAAUUGGCAGUAUAUCACGGUCCGCGCCUCCGGGUUCGCCGCGAGCGCACCUCGUCGAUCACCGAGCGCCCGAUCGGUCGUCGUCUCGUUAUCGAGCGAGGGAGCGCGGCGCGUCGCCUGCUCGAAGUAGGUUAAGCCGGAGUUCGAUGGAGCUCGCGACGCCGCGCGCCCUUGAGCCGCGGCGCCGCCGCGGCGAAUGCCUCCCGUGGGCUCUGCGACCGGAGGACGCGGCGUACCUCGAAUUUCGGCACGACGAAAAGCCUUGCCAGGCGCGGCCAGUUCAAGCGGUACGCUCGUAAAGGCGCCCGUGUCGCACCGAAAUCUGCCGAGACGCUGUAAACGGUUUACGGCGACCACCGAAUUUCCCCAAGGGCUGACGGACUCGCGCGACCUUCGAUCUCGCCGAGCACAAUCAAGAACAAACGUGGCGAAACGCGGCGAGCGAUAUGCAGCAGCUCGUCGUCGAUGGCAACGCGAGCCGAGCAUCGGUGGGCGCAGCGCGGGCGACGAGUCGUCGGCGCGCUACGGGCCGCAACGUCACCCGACAGAUCACAACUCGCUAGCCAAUCUCGAGAGCGAGUUCGCGCUCGAUGGACGGCGCUGUCGGGAACCCGACGCCGAUCGACCCGGUCAGCGGCGAGACCGGCAGCCAGUUGACGCGGCCGCGCGGAACGGCGACCAGCUCGAGCGACAGGUGGGAGGCGGACUCGUCACCGGACGGGAGCCGUCGCGCGCCUACGCGCCAGGGCAUCCACCUCGACUGCGUACGUGCGCCCUUGGACCGGUCGCGCCGCGGCCGGGAGCGGGGUCGCGCGCGGCUGACCGGGCGCCGACUCGUACCACUGGCGAUCUCCGGCGCCGCGGCGGGCCGUCGUUCAGGUCGAGCUCGAUCGAUCGGCGGCCAGGCGCGCCGCCGAGUCGCUAAUGGCGCUCGCGCGAAGGCGUUUCGUCGGCGAGCCAAGAUCGAGCCGCGUCGGACGGAGGCGCGUGCCAGUGCCCGCCCACGUGAUCUGACCCACGCAGCGCACGUGCACACCUCGUGCGGCGUGCGUGCGCGCGGCUUAAUUGGAUUUCGAUCGAGCUCGCGGCGGCGGCGGCGGCGGCGGCGGCGGCAGCGACUGCGCCCGCAGCUGCCGCUGGACCAAGCGGCUGGCGCACUUUUCGGCCGCUAUACAUGGCGCACUCGUUUACGCGGAGCGCCGCCCGACGCCUGACGCACUUGCGCGCUUUCGCUUGUCUUUGCAGAGGUGAUCGCCGCACACCGAGGCGCACGCACCACGCAGACGUAUCGUCCAACGUAUCGGCCAGAUAGGGCAACUCGAUCGUCAUCCGGAGCGCGCGAGACGCGCGAGAGCCGAGCCCCUCGACGGUAAGUACAGCCGAGGCUCGCGAGUCGCCCGGGCGGCGCGGCAGAGCAGCAGCCCCCGCCGAGGCCGGAGGGCGCAAUGACGCGGUCGCGCGCUUGUCUGCGGCAGAGGAUGCGCGUGGCGGAGCUGUGGACGGGCCUGCUGAUGCUGGCGCAGGCGCUGGCGAGCGCGCAGUACGCGGGCCCGUUCCCGGGCCAGCGGCGGCCGGCCCUGCGCCCGGAGCCGCCGGCCUACGGCGGCAAGCGCGCCUCCAGCCUGGCCGAGCCCAGCUGCGAGGAGCUGCGCGCCAUGUGGCGGUACAGCAAGCGGCAGAGCCGCGCCGCCGAGACCAGCAACGAGCUGCCCGUCUACCGGGACCCCUUCUCCUACAACGUCUGGGAGGCGUACCCGCGACACCUGCACAGCUCCGGCUAUCGAGACGAGUACGCGGGGAGCGCGCCGGCGACCAGUCGCCACGGCGGCGGGGCGCCCAUCUACGGCAAGGUCGUGCAGGCGCCCGAGCGCAGCCGUCUGCGCAACGGCAAGCUCGGCCGCGUCGGCUUCGACGACAUCAACAAGUACUACGGCACCCUGAGUCGCGAGCCGCCCUCCAGGGAGGGCCUCGUCAAUUCGCGCAUGCCCGGCGGCGUCGCCAAGUCCAUUCCGCGGCAGACCGGCCGCUUUCAGACGCUCAAGAACAUGAUACUCGAGGAGCGCGCCAAGGAGCUCAAGGAGCAGAGGAAGGCGGAAGACAUGGCGGCGCGGGCGGCAGCGCGGGCGGCAGCGCUGAAAGAGAUGACGUCGGGCGAUCGUCGGCAGCUAUCGGACAGCGGCAAUGCCAACGUCGCGAGCUCCUUGGGGCAGCUGCCAAAGUCCGAGUACUUCGGGUCCGAGGGACAAUACGUGGCCGACGUGCCGGACAUCCAGCAGAGCCUCACGAAGUCGGACCACUACGGAGCGCGGGGGUACAUGCUGCGCUAAGGCGAGCGGAGCGACGACGAAGAGCGCGUUGCCUUGUGUCCUCCCGGCCGCCCCCGCGAGCGAAUCGGCGACCUCUCUCUCGGCCGGGACUUGGCCCAAGUUCGAUCUCUCGCUGCUUUCUUCUCUUCCGGCGCAUCUCCGCGCCGAAGGCUGGCCGAUCACGCUCGCUCGACGCCUUCGCGGGGGACACGCCGUCUGCCACGGGGGUGGCCUUUUUGGUUUGUAUUCGCCGGAUGCCUGCGACGUCCUUCGCUUCUCGCAUCCGUCAACGUUCCAAUCGCUGAAUAUCGCUGUGUGCUCCGUAUCUCGGUUGGAUUUUUAGAGACACCCAAAGUUAGACAAUAAUUAGGUAAGCGAGUUCGAGAAGCUAUACAUGCUUGGCUGAUUUUCUUUCCAUCGAGUCAAUUGAUUCCGACGAUAGUCACCAAUCCACGUGUGUACGACAAAUAAAAGCCGUGAUUCGAUAUUGACAAUAAGCCCUUUAACGACAGCAGACAAGACGCUUGCAUUUAACUCUUUGUUGUACUGUAUAUCGGGAUACGAUAUAGAAUCAGAGAUAAAAAACAGCCCCAGAUAAAACCGAUAAAAAAAAUAUAUUGUGUGUGUCGUGUUCGCUGGCAGAACUCUGUAAACAAGACAAUAAUACUUUUAAGAUAUAUAUCACCAACGAUUUUUCUUGUACAAAGCUUUCGUUGCGUGCGCUUGUAUAGUAACGAUCGUUCCUUUCGACGAGACCAUGAGUCGUGAAUUGAAAUUUGCGAUAAUAAUCGAGGCGCGGCGCGUAACGGGGAGAGCGAGACCCGGCCGCGAGGCGGAACGUCGAGCCUCCAACGCCAGAAAUCAUCGCGCGCGCGCGCGCUUCCCCUUGAACGGCUCGUACUCGCGACGACGCUGAUUGCGCACGGUUCGUCGAGGCUCGGUGCACCCGAUCGCGCGCUCUUUUCGCCAUUCUUCCGAAAGCACGAGGAGAAAAAUCAACUUGUAAAUGCUGUAAGAACAAUCGUGAUGUAACUUAUAUGACUAAAUAAUGUACUUAUGAGAAAAAAAAAAUAUAUAUAUAUAUAUUAUGCAUAUGAAUCAAGUUAUAUUUACGGUAGAUAUUUUUCGAUAUCCAGCGAAACAAUGAUUUUGGCAAAAGAGUAAACGGUAAAAAAAAAAGAAAACAAACAAGCAAGAGAAAUACACGAGCAUCGCAAAAGCCAAGAGCAAGCGAGAAAGUGCAAAAUUCUCUUCGCUCCUUCCCGGUCGCUUUUCUUUCUCCCUUGCUCAUCUUUCUAGUCGCGCACUAGGUCAUUUAUAAAGCGCAUGCAAAAACUUACGUUGGCAGCAAUGGUCGGCACUGCGAUACCCCCCCCCCCCCCCCCCCCACUUCAUUUUCGUCAAGGUACACGUGUAUCAGCGGGUGCAGAAGAGCUUUCCUUCUUCGUUUUUCCUUGCUUCGUCUUUGCGCGAACGACACCCCGUCCCUCUAUGACUUGUAAAUAUCGAUGCGCAUUUUGUAGUUUUUGAUUGGCCGAUGACGUGAAGCCGUUGUACGACGCUUUUUAUCAGCAGCCGCCGGGAUGAUUUUCAACGUGCAGGACAAUAAAGAUUCAAAGAACCGCUUGAAUUACAUAAAACCUGAUAAAUCAUAUUAUGAAAACAAAAAAAAAUAUAUAUAUAUAUAUAACUGGAUUAAUGAAAAGCGUAGGAAAAAAAAGAAUUCUUGAUAUACGUCGUCGAGCGACAGAUAUACAAUACAUGAAAACUACAUACGUGUAAAGCAGAAUAUGUAUAAGGGAAAAAAUUGGCGUUUGCGCCUAUCACGUCGACGCUUAUAAAGACUUGAUACCUAUAUAAUAUAUAACACACCCACACACCGAGACGCGCAAUCCUCUCUAGUUCUCUCGAAUGCGUGCGAUCAAUCCUCUUCAGAGUAGCCUUUCUCCCGUACAAGUAGCGCGCCAGUAUGUAUCUCCUUUUAUAGUUGACAAAGCCAGAAUAAUGAAAAACAGUUGAGUCGAUAAUAGAUAUAAUAAUCCAUAAUGCAAUAGGCACGCAACUGUUUCAUUUGAUCGCGAUAUCUAUGUACAUAUCCGACGAAAGGGGGAACGACUUGGUGCUGAAACCUGACGCUCGAUUAGCGCUUUGUAUUUCCCGAAGAAAAGCAUCGGCCUUUUUCUCGGGCGUCGGCGGCGAAAUUGCGGAACUUUCGCCCGGCGCUGGCGUCACGGGGUGGGAAGAAAUGCCGCGUGCAGCUGCAGUCAGGGAAGGUGAGCGCGCGCCGGCCAAUUUCUACGAGCCAUUGGGAAUAGCGAGGCGUUGGCCUGCCCGAACGCGCAGCUUUACUCAUCGUGCAAACGCGCGAAUCGAUAAAGUUGUGCGGAGCAAUGAAUGAAAAACCGAUGGUCCUCUAUAUUUUACUAGAUAGACUAGAGAGUAAAAGAUAACGAUAAAUAAAAAGCUAAUAGGAUAUAUACGUACGCAGUAUUGUCUGAAUGGAAAACGAGGUGUAACUUUUGUAAGUGACCUAUACAAGAUAUACAUUCAGCGUAAACGUGUUCGAUCGUAAAUAAUACUUAUACGUAUGUUAAUACGGAUACUAUUAUAUUAGGCGAACAUGCGGACUUUAUGAUCAUUGAGCUACAUAAGAAUCGUGUCACUGAAAGGAGAAUCAAUACAUAGGCCAAUUCUGUGCUGAACACAACUAAAUACAUAUAUUCAACGUAGAUAGCUCGAAUACCAAUUUUAUUUUUAUUUUUCUCUUCAUUUUCCAAGUAUAGUUUAUCGAUCAAGACAGAGGCGGACAAACGUGCAUUCGCGCAUUCACAGUUAUUUCGUUAGAAUUAUUCAAUGUUUCUGUAGAUUCUUAACAUCGGUGUAUUGAAAAAGACUUUUCGUUUUGUGUCAAGAACGCCCUGCACUUUUCGGACGAAACGAACGUACGCAAAGUCAACAGCGACGUUGCGAAUAGUACAAACGUCAACUUUCGUCUAUUUUUUUCUUCAACUCAACGACGCGUUAACCCGCAUUACGUGUCUGAUUUAUCUUUCUUUUCCGCUUUCCACGCGUACAAUUAUAAUUAAGUGUUCGAUCAAUGGGUCGAAUAUCGUUUGGUUUAUGUGGAAGCAAACUAUUGUUCGUAAGUGUGGUUCCAACUUUUCACCACAUUAUCUUCAAUCGCAUAUAGACAAUAGAGAUAUAUUGACAAUAAAUAAUUAAAAGAUGAAUAUGUAAUUUUCUAUUUGCCUUUCUGCCAAUUUAUUAAUGUGAUGUUUUUAUAUUCAAAUGUAUUGCAGAAAUGAUUAUCUUAUCAUGUUCUGAUUAUUUAUAAGAUAUAUCAUUGUGAAUUCGAGACAAAAGCUGUAAUUUACAUGAGUUCUAAUUUGUGCGUGUACAUAUCUGUUACUGAGGAAAGCGCAUUUACAAUUGCUUAUACUGUUGCAAUUUUCGUUUUGUUUUGUACUUACCGAAAAGAGAAAAGGUGUGUGACAUCUAGACUGACUGAUAUUGCACUGAUAAUUAAGUUUUAGUCACUGCUGUAUAUACCAACAGCUAUCAUUUUUAUUGAAAAUUAUUAUAUGUUUGCAGAAUUCAAAGGGAAAUAUGAAAGUUUUUUUUU